AAGCUGCAGCAGACGAUGGUGUUGUUUGUGGGAAGCUGCAGCAGACGACGAUGGUGUUGUUUGUGGGAAGCUGCUGCUGGCCAGGGCGUCCAUGGCCAGCGAGGGAAGGCGACAACUCUAGGUAAGGAAGACAACUCUAGAGGAAAGGGAAGACAACUCUCACAGCCACAGCUGGCGGAAGUCACUAAGAUGGCGGGAGUUGAAGAUAUGGAAAUCGAGUCUGUGACAGAAACGAGUGCCCAACAGCAAAUCGCUACUUCUUCGUCGAAUGAAAGUACAAAAAAGAGCAACAGCUUUGAACUUCCGUGGGUUGAGAAGUACCGUCCCGUUAAGUUAAGAGACAUAGUUGGAAAUGAAGAAACAGUCAGUCGUCUAGAGGUGUUUGCUAAAGAAGGAAACGUACCCAAUGUUAUCAUAGCGGGACCACCUGGAACAGGAAAGACUACAAGCAUUCUUUGUCUGGCCCGUGCCUUACUAGGACUGUCCUUCAAGGAUGCAGUUCUAGAGCUUAACGCUUCCAAUGAUCGAGGUAUUGAUGUUGUUCGCAAUAAAAUCAAGAUGUUUGCCAUGCAGAAAGUGACUUUGCCAAAAGGACGUCACAAAAUCGUCAUUCUUGAUGAGGCAGACAGCAUGACUGAUGGUGCUCAGCAGGCUCUUCGCAGGACGAUGGAAAUCUAUUCAAAAACAACCCGGUUUGCACUUGCUUGCAAUUCUUCUGAGAAAAUCAUUGAGCCUAUUCAGUCACGUUGUGCUGUGCUACGGUAUUCCAAGCUAAGUGACAGCCAAGUUCUGGCGAGGUUGCUGGCUGUGUGUGAAAAGGAAAAUGUUAGCUACACAGAUGAUGGACUUGAGGCGAUCAUCUUCACUGCACAAGGAGACAUGAGACAGGCUUUGAACAACCUGCAGUCAACCUUCCAGGGCUUUGGGCAUGUUAACAGUGAAAAUGUUUUCAAGGUGUGUGAUGAGCCGCAUCCAGUGUUGAUCAAAGACAUGCUGCAGCACUGUGUGGAUGGAAAGAUUGAUGACGCAUACAAAAUAAUGGCACACUUGUGGCGUCUUGGCUACUCUGCAGAAGAUAUCAUUACCAUUGUCUUCCGUGUGUGCAAGAAUCACAACAUGCCAGAAUUCCUCAAACUGGAAUUUAUUAAAGAAAUUGGCUAUGCUCACAUGAGGAUAGCAGAAGGUGUUCAGUCCUUGCUCCAGAUGUCAGGGCUUCUUGCACGAUUAUGCCACAAGUCUGCACAGUCAGAUCAACUCCAGCAAUAAAGGACACUGCAGUUCACCAGAAUAGCAAUUUCUAAAGCACAGGAAAUAUUUUGUUUCAAUUGUUGUUGUAUGUGCUAUGAGUCAGGUGGGAAGAGGGAAGGAGUGUGAAUGUGUAUAUGGCUAGGUGUGGAUGUAGUGAUUUUUAUUCACCUUACUUGCCUUAUUUCGAAGCAAGUGUUAUUUGUCACUUAUGACAGGAUAUCUCUCCACAAGCAGUGUAGUGCUUUGUCUGAUUUAAUCAGGUUUUGCUUUAGGGUUUAUUUUUUGAGGGGGAAAAGGUUGCGUUUUUAUUUUUGAAAAACUGUAGAUUACAGAAUUGCAUUUAGUGUUGUAAUGACUCCCAUUAAUAUUAUAGCACAGUAACAGGUUCCUCCUUAUUUAGACAGAUCGAGUCUUCAUUUUCAUAAACUGUUGGUUCCAAGUAUA